AUGAGCACCUUGAACAACGUCGAUUCCGUUUCCAACCAGCCCGGCAGCUUCAAGCCUUCUGUUCCGCCCGAAGGCCCCAUUACUGACAAGGGCCACAAGCCCGGUGUCAAGGUAAACGAGGCCGACCAGCGCCCCGAAUACCACAUGCAGGCUUUCCCCGCGGGCACUGCUCCUGCCAGCAACUCCUACACACCUAAUGCCAACGAUAUCGGCAGUCAGGCAAAUAACCCUGAUGUCCUCCGCGCACACGGCAAGGAGUCUACUUACACCUCUCCUGCCGACACCCUGACGGGUGCAACCUCCCAAGACGUGCACGCUGGCUUGGGCAAGCCUCUUCAGGGCCAGACUAACGUUGAGCUCGCUCACGAUGGUGCUCACGGCCGAACGAAGCAGCCUGCCGGCCUGGAGGGUGUCGGAGCCACUCGCGAGGACCGCGGCCUCGAGCGCCAAUUCGCCAACCAGCGCGGCCUGGAGAGAGAAGAGGCUGUAAGCAGCGGUACCCGUGGAAACAAGGCUGACCGUGCUGCCGAGGACAUGCAGCCGGAGGGAGCUGAGACACUGGAUACUGAGUGGAAGUAUGAGCCUCGAACUCAGCGGGAAAAGAAAUAA